GCGUAGGAACAUGGAGGCGGCGGCGUGGGGGAGCCGGGCGGCGGGCGCGGGGCGGUAGCGGGUCCCGGCCGCCCUCCCUCCCUUCAUCCCUCCCUUCUCUUCGCUCCCGCCCCCUCCGCUCCUCCGGCGGCGGGAGAGGCGGCCCGCCUGCCCCCCCCCCGCGCAGGGCAUGGCGGCCCCGGGCCCUCCGCGGCUGCCCCGGCUGCGGCUGGGCCCGCGGCUGCGGGCCGGGCUGGAGGUCGCGCUGCGGGUGCCGAGCCUGUUCCUCAUCGACGCCAUCUUCAACUCGGCCCCGCUGCCGAGCGGCUCCGUGAGCGCCGCGCUGCUGGGCGCGCUGCUGCGGCUGCUGGGUGUCUUUGUAUCCAGUGUUGUUCUGGUCUUACAACAGCGAGCACUUUUCAAGUUCUACAUGAUCGCCUCGGCGUUUCUGCUGGCUGCAUCUUCAGUGUUGGUGAAUUACUAUGCUGCUUUGCACAUAAACUUCUACAGUGCCUACUACACAGCUGCAUUUGGAAUUCAGAUCUUCCCACAUAAAGGACCUUCGCUAUGGAUGGCACUUUCCAUCCUCCAGCUUACCUUUGGAAUUGGAUAUGUUACAUUGCUAAACAUGCAAUCCAUAUACUCUCAACUCAUCAUCCUGGAUAUACUGAUUCCUGUAAUUGGCUUAGUUGUUGAAUUACCUUUAAAUGUCCGGCAAGUACUUGUUUUUAUUUCAGGCCUAGUUCUGACACUAAAUACCACAGCCAUUUUAGUUAUGAAAAUCAAAUGGUUCUAUUAUUCGGUACGAUACGUUUUUCUGCUGGUGAGGCACAUGUAUCGUAUUUAUGGAUUACAGCUAUUGAUGGAAGAUACAUGGAAAAGGAUUCGGUUUCCAGCUGUACUCCGUGUCUUCUGGCUAACAAGACUUACAGCACAAGCUGUGGUACUAACAUAUGUUGUAAAGAUGGCUGAAAAUAACACAGAAGAAAAAUUCUUCUUGAUAUCAUGGGAUAACUGUUGGGAACUGAUUUGCAGCCUGAUCAUAAGUGGGUGUGACUCUACUUUAACUGUGUUGGGCAUGAGUGCUGUCAUUUCCUCUAUAGCGCAUUAUUUGGGACUUGGUAUCCUGGCCUUCAUCGGAUCAACCGAUGAGGAUGACAAAAGGCUUGGGUUUGUAGCACCCGUCUUGUUUUUCAUUUUGGCUCUGCAGACUGGUUUAAGUGGACUGAAACCAGAGGAACGAUUAGUUCGCCUGAGUCGAAACAUGUGCCUUUUGUUGACCGCAGUCCUGCAUUUUAUCCAYGGAAUGACAGACCCUGUCCUGAUGUCUCUCAGUGCCUCCCAYGUGUCAUCGUUUCGCAGACACUUUCCUGUACUGUUUGUCUCCGCUUGCCUUUUCAUUCUUCCAGUUCUGCUCAGUUACAUCCUCUGGCACCACUAUGCACUAAAUACUUGGCUUUUUGCAGUCACAGCAUUCUGUGUAGAGCUUUGCCUAAAAGUAAUAGUUUCUAUCACUGUUUAUAUAUUGUUUAUGAUUGAUGGCUACUAUAAUGUGCUAUGGGAAAAACUUGAUGAUUAUGUUUAUUAUGUUCGCUCAACUGGCAAUAUUAUUGAGUUCAUAUUUGGAGUAAUCAUGUUUGGAAAUGGAGCUUACACGAUGGUUUUUGAAUCGGGUAGCAAGAUUCGCGCUUGCAUGAUGUGUCUGCACGCGUACUUCAACAUCUACCUGCAAGCCAAGAAUGGCUGGAAGACUUUUAUAAACCGCCGAACUGCUGUGAAGAAAAUCAACUCACUUCCAGAGGUAAAAGGAGCUCGGUUACAUGAAAUCGAUGAUGUCUGUGCAAUYUGCUACCACGAGUUCACCACCUCUGCGCGCAUUACUCCAUGCAACCAUUAUUUUCAUGCACUUUGUCUUCGGAAAUGGCUGUACAUUCAGGACACAUGCCCGAUGUGCCAUCAGAAAGUGUAUAUUGAGGACAAAGAAAAUGCCAAUAUCUCUAACAACAACGGGUUUGUAGCACCAAAUGAAAAUCCUGUACGGGUUGCAGAAGAAGCUGCUGAUGCUGAAAAUGAAUUAAAUGAAGAUAAUGACAGUUCUGAUAGUGAUGAGGAAGAUGGUGACUGUGUGGCACAGCACUUGAAUGAAACUCUUAAUGUUGACUCUAACUCUCUUGGUGAUUAAGGUGUCCUUUACUAAGCCGUGAGGUAUUUGUUUAAGAUUGACUUCAGCAGAAUAAAAGUAUCACUUUGUAGUUAUUGUACUUAAGCACAACA